AUGCUGGCACUGCCAAAAUACACACCAACUUGUUCUCUCCAGAGAAUGCACAGCAACUUGGCAUUCAGAAAGCCAGGCAAACUCAAGCGAAGCGGCAGCAGCCUGCCUACAAGGCCAAGCGUGGGCCUCUCCUCUCCUUCCCUUGCCCACCUUGCUGUUGCGAUUGCCGCCACAAAUCGAGUGGCGGUUAAAAAAGCAGAGGAGAAGAGAGGGAAAUCCUACCCUCCGUCGCAGCCAGAGGCUCCGGUCUGCUGCACGCAGCGCCAGCGCCAGCGAACCUGCGGCUCCAUGACGAUGGCCGCGCGGCCGAUCCCCUCCCCCUCCCCUCCGGCCACCGUCUCCCUGCCCGCCCCACUGCUCUUUCUGCCGCCGACUUCUCGGAAGCCGUCGGCCUCUCUCUCCUUAUCCUCCAGCGGCAGAGCACGCCGCGGCGCCCGGUGCUCCGCCGCGAACAAGCCCUCCCCUCCCCCUUCCGCCGCUCCGGGCAACGAGGUAAGCGGCGGCAGCAGCAGCUCCAUGGCCAAGAUAAGGAGCGAGGUGCUGUCCCCGUUCCGGUCGGUGCGCAUGUUCUUCUACCUGGCCUUCAUGGCCAGCGCGGGCCUGGGUAGCCUCAUCGCGCUAACGCAGCUCCUCCCGGCGCUGGGGAACCCGGCGAGGGCGGCGGGGGUCCCGGAGACGCUCAAGGGCCUGGGAAUCGACGUGGCGGCCGUCGCCGUCUUCGCGUUCCUCUACUCGCGCGACCGCAAGGCCAGCGAUGCGCAGGUGGCCAGGCUCACGCGGGAGGAGAACCUGUCGAGGCUCAAGCUCCGCGUGGGCGACGGCGGCAGGGUGGUGCCGCUGAGCGAGCUGAGGGGCAGCGCGCGGCUCGUCAUCGUCGCCGGCCCCGCCGAGUUCGUCGCCGAGUCGUUCCGCCGGAGCAGGCCGUUCCUCAAGGACCUCAUGGAGAGGGGCGUGCUGGUGCUGCCCUUCCCCACGGACGGCAACGCGCCGGCGCUGGAGUUCGGCGAGGACGCCGACGGCGGGGAGGCGGAGGACGACGAGGUGGCCAGGAAGAGCAGGAGGCUCUGGCAGCUCACGCCGGUGUACACAUCCGAGUGGGCAAAAUGGUUGGCCGAGCAGAAGAAGAUGGCGAAUGUGACGCCUGAUUCCCCUGUGUACCUGUCGCUGAGGAUGGACGGGCGCGUCCGGGGCAGCGGCGUGGGCUACCCGCCAUGGCAAGCGUUCGUGGCGCAGCUGCCGCAGGUCAAGGGGAUGUGGUCGGGUCUUUUUGAUGGAAUGGACGGGAGAGUCUAGUUUCUUUGCAGGCUUCUUUUUUGUGUUCCGUCUGAAAUUCGUGUGGUUUUGCAAGUUUGCAUACUAGUAGUACUAGUAUACACAUGUAACGCAGGGCAUGUCUGAACUGAUUAGUUCGUGCGCAGCUGUCUCGCUGGCUGAAAUGUGGCAUGGCUUAACGACGAUGACAA